AUGAAGGCUGAUGAGUUCCGUGACCUAAAGCAAGGGUCAAUGACAGUGAACCAGUACAUUUGGAAGUUCAUCCGCCUUUCUCGCUACGCACUUAAAGAGGUAUCAACGGAUAAGAAGAAGCAGGAUCGCUUCAAGAAGGGACUGCAACACAGUUUGUAUAUUCAGCCUGCGCCUGUUAUCUACCCCGACUUCAAUACCAUGAUGAACAAGACCCUCCUACUAGAGGAGGACUGUGCACCCAUAGAGGUAGAAAGAAAAAGAAAGUUCGCUGAUCGGAAGCCACAGGGCGAAUUCUCCUACAAUAAUAGUUUUCAAGCUAGUCUGAAGAUGUCCCCCUUUGAGGCAUUAUAUGGGAGAAAAUGUAGAACACCCUUGCUAUGGUCAGAAGUUGGUGAGCGCACGCUCUUUGGGCCAGCGUUACUCAAGGACACAGAAGAACAAGUUGCCAAGAUAAGGGAGAACUUGAGAGCAGCUCAGAGUAGACAGAAAGGUUAUGCAGAUAACCAGAGGAGAGACUUGACCUUCGAAGUAGGAGAUUACGUCUACCUUAAGGUAUCCCCAAUAAGAGGCACUCGGAAGUUCCAGAUUCAUGGGAAGUUAUCGCCUAGAUAUGUGGGACCUUACCAGAUACUCGAAAAGAUUGUCUCGGUAGCUUACAAGAUAGCUCUUCCGGAAGAGAUGUCCGAUGUACAUAAUGUGUUCCAUGUUUCACAAUUAAAGAAGUGUCUAAGAGUUCCAGAGGAACAAGUCCCCUUGGAAGUUAUGGAUCUACAGCAGGAUCUUCAGUAUGAGGAAAGACCUAUCUGA